AAUUUAUACCAGCUCGCAUGUUUGUUUACUUCCGGCUUUGUGUCCAAAGGUUGUGAAACUUAGUAUUUUAUCUGUAAGAAAUGUUUAAUACACGAUGUCAAACCCUAAAAUAGGCAAAGGAAGAAAUCAGAAAGGUAGACAAACUGUUAUGGGAGACUUUUUUUCUAAAUCAAAUAAAACAAAGAAAUCUUUAAAAACUAAAGCCCAGGAAGAAGAAGCCGAGACAGGAACAAAAGUAGAGCAAACCAAAACUGAAACUCUGUCAGUGGAUCAGAAAAAGAAAGGAAAACCUGCUGGAAAACAGACAGGUACAGCUGUUGAAAAGAAACCAGUUGUACAGAAGCAGAAGGCUGGUAAAGCAGCGGGGGAAAAGCAAGGUCAAGCCUUUGAGAAGAAACCAGGUCAACCUGUUGAAAAGAAGACGAGCCUGAAAAGGAAGAUAACAGGAGCAGGGAUGUUUUCAUUCUCAUGGACCAGAGGGGCACAAAAGGAUACGGAGCAAUACAGGGAUGGAUACCCAGGUAAAGUAGAUCACCCUGAUCAGGAUGACAACUACAGAUUCUACAUGAAUCAGAUCCCCUCAAAACCCGAUGGUGAUUUUAUAGACAAGAUACAUAUUGACUGGUGGGGAGACUACAGACUGUUAGAGGUGCACCAUGGAUAUAUUCAGUGGCUUUUCCCCAUCAGAGAAUCUGGUUUAAAUUGGCAUGCUCAGGAAUUACAGCAGCAUGAAAUAAAGAAGUUACAGAAGAGCAGAACAGCUAUGAAGAGGAUUUUGACGUCAUACAAAAUGAUGCUGGAUUUUUAUGGCAUGAAGUUAGAGAAUGAGGAAGAUGGAACAAUUGUACGAGCAGAAAAUUGGAGGGACAGAUUUAGGCACUUGGACAGAUCAUACCACAAUUAUUUGCGGAUAACUCGGAUACUGAAAUCUUUGGGAGAAUUUGGCUAUGAGCACCUCAAGAAAAACUUUGUAAAGUUCAUACUUUAUGAAGGGCUUGAGGAAGGAACCUUAUCUAAUUUGAUUGAUAGUUGUGUCAAAUAUUGGAUUGGAGUAUUGAAAGAAGAGGAAGAGAGAGAAGAAAUGUUUGACUAUUAUGAAAAACUGAAUGAAGAUGAAAAUUUGAAGUGGAAAAGAAGAAACAGGUCGCCAUCGCCUCCAAGCAGUUACUGGUCAAACAAAAACACUGAUUCACUAAUAGGCAAAAAGGUGAUUUCUAAGAAAGGUAAAGAGGGAAAGGCAGUUGAUCCAGACACAAAGACGAAAUUUGAAAAUGAAUUAUCUGAUGAUGAUGAUAAUGGAGCACUAUAUCAUGCAAUGAGAUUAAUUGAUGAUGAAGUUCCAGAUGAAACAGAUAAUAACAAAGGUGGUAAAAACAAAACAAGAAAGGAUCAUGAAAUGUCAGAUUCGGAUGGAGAAAAUGAAUAUAACCAAGAUGAAAGUCAGGAGAUGGCACAUUGGAAUAAUGAAGCAAAUAAAGCUAGCAAAGAAGAUCUAGAAGGAGGGAGUGAAUGCUAUGACAGUUUAAAUGAGAAUAAUGUUAAAGAAAGUGUUGCUACAGAAAAGGCAGCAGAUUCAACAGAGGAAAAUCAUGAAAAUGUUGAUGAACAAAAUGUCAAAAAUGCAACUGGUUUAGAGGAACACUCUACAACUUUAAAUGAAGAAACAAAACAAGAUGUAGAGAAAAAAGAUGAAGAAACAAACAUAAUUGAUGACACCGAAAAAGAAGACAAAGAUAAGAAUAUAGGAGAGGUUCAUGCUAAUGAACAAGAGGAUAAACACAGUAUUGAAGAUAUUUCUACUGAAAAUAGCGACAAAGAGACUGCAAAAGACAACAUAGACUCUUCUGAAGGCAAACAGGAAGAGAUGGAUACCAAUGAUACGCAAAAUGAUAUUAAUCAGGGACGAAGUAUAGGAGAAGGGAAAGUAGAGGAAAAUAAUGUAAAAUUGGAAGAAGGAUUAAGUACCAAAUCUGUUACUGAAGCUGAGACAAAUGAAGAAAAGAUGGAAACACAAUAAUCAUGUGUAGAUUCCUUAGAUGUUUAUUUCAAUCAAAUUAUACUUUACUUGAAACAUGUGCAUCUUACAUUGAUUUAUGAACUAGCUUCUUAAGUAAUGAUAUUGUUCACGUUAUUUUAGAAUGUGAUAAUUUUUGUAAUAAAAUAGAAUUUUCUGCUUAAACUGUAUUCUUUGUUUCAUAUUCAAUGUAUGAUACAGAUCAAAACUUCAAACAUUCAACAAAGCAUUUUGGACAAUCAUUUAAUUGUUUGAAAGACAUUUGUCUUCAUUCUGUCAGUAUUAUAUAUGGACCAUAGUAACGGUUCAUUACCAAUGAAUAUGUAUAUGUCAAAGUGGGGAGCACAGUUCAGAUUAGUUUUAAACAGUGAUGUUUUGGUGUUGUUUACUUUUUUUUAAGUUCACUGGAAUUUGCUAAACUAUGACAGGUUAAUACUGACUGGCAUUUUCAUAUAUGUGUAUUACUUAAUAUAAGAAAGUAAUUCAGUUAUAACACAAUUAUAUGUUCAGAAACGCAUUCUUUAUUUUAACAGUGAUUUUAGAUUUAAGAAUACAUAAAUGUGGAAAAAG